AUGGAUGGGGGGAAUUGUUCAUUAACAGAAUUCUUUCUUUUGGGAAUUACCAGUAACCCAGAAAUCAAAGUGACACUAUUUGCCACAUUUCUUGUUAUCUACCUCAUAGAUCUUCUGGCAAACCUUGGGAUGAUCGUUUUAAUUAGAAUGAAUUGCCAGCUGCACACACCUAUGUACACUUUCCUCAGCCACCUCUCUUUCUGUGACCUUUGCUAUUCCACGGCAGUCGGGCCCAAGAUGUUGAUAGAUCUACUUGGCAAGAACAAGCCAAUUCCCAAGAUUGGCUGUGCUCUGCAAUUCUUCAUCUUCUGCCUCUUUGCCGACUCUGAGUGUCUACUGCUGGCAGUGAUGGCCUUUGAUCGGUACAAGGCCAUCAGUAACCCCUUGCUCUACACGGUCAACAUGUCCAGCCCGGUGUGCUCCCUACUCAUGGCUGGGGUUUACCUGGUGGGAACGGCGGAUGCUUUGAUACACACCACACUGUCCUUCCGCUUGUGUUUCUGUGGCUCUAAUGAGAUUAAUCAUUUCUUCUGCGAUAUCCCCCCUCUCCUUUCACUGUCUUGCUCAGAUACACAGGUCAAUGAGUUGGUGAUAUUCACUGUUUUUGGUUUUAUUGAACUGAGUACCAUUUCAGGAGUUCUUAUUUCUUAUUGUUACAUCAUCCUAUCAGUCUUAAAGAUUCGCUCUGCUGGAGGGAGAUUCAAAGCGUUCUCAACAUGUGCUUCCCACUUAACUGCAGUUGCAGUUUUCCAGGGAACCAUGCUCUUCAUGUAUUUCCGCCCAAGUUCGUCCUACUCCCUAGAUGAAGACAAAAUGACUUCACUUUUCUACACCCUUGUCAUCCCUAUGCUGAACCCUAUCAUUUACAGCCUACGCAACAAGGAUGUGAAAGAGGUCCUGGAAAAGGUGAAAAAUAAAAUUUUGUUUUAA